AUGGCCGCGGCGAUGGACGUUGACAGCAGUGAAGAUAUUGAGGAAGGACCAAGUGUCUCGGGCAGCGGGGGAAGCAAGAAGCGAUUUGAAGUCAAAAAGUGGAAUGCUGUAGCACUGUGGGCUUGGGAUAUUGUGGUUGACAACUGUGCCAUUUGUCGGAAUCACAUCAUGGAUCUCUGUAUUGAGUGUCAGGCUAACCAAGCUUCAGCUACCAGCGAGGAGUGUACCGUGGCUUGGGGAGUUUGUAAUCAUGCUUUCCACUUCCACUGCAUCACUCGAUGGUUGAAGACUCGGCAGGUGUGUCCACUGGACAAUCGAGAGUGGGAGUUCCAGAAAUACGGCCACUAG